AGUUCACAGCCAACCACUCAACCAACCCCCAUCUCACUCCGACUGUCCUUUACACGGCACAAAGCAAGAGGACAGCAAAAGGGCGCGCGCGCAUUCCAGCCCCCGGUCCCCUUCUCUCUCCCCCUCGACACCCCGACACGCGAUGCCACCAAAGUCAAAGUCGGCAGCUGCGGCGCCAGCGUCGCCCGCGCCCGCAGCACCCAAGCCUGCCGCGGCUGCCGCUGCUGCACCAACGCCGGCUCCAGAGACCUCGGCCGACGUCGAGCACGCGCCAAAGUACGCGUACCCGCUGCCGCAUGUCCCCAAGUCGACCAUCGACAACACGCAGUCGCUGCUGCGCUUUGUGAUUCUCGCCUUCAUCUGCGGCGCAGCCGUCGCGUCUCGCCUCUUCGCCGUCAUCCGCUUCGAGAGUGUCAUUCACGAGUUUGACCCCUGGUUCAACUACCGUGCGACCAAGGUCCUCGUCAACGAGGGCUUCUACGAGUUCUGGAACUGGUUUGACCCCACCGCAUGGUACCCCCUUGGCCGUACCGUUGGCGGCACCGUCUACCCCGGUAUCAUGGUGACCUCUGGCCUGAUUUGGAGCUUCCUCCGCUGGAUCAACAUGCCUGUUGACAUCCGCAACGUGUGUGUCCUGCUCGCGCCCGGAUUCUCGGGUCUCACCGCCUGGGCGACCUACCUCUUCACCACGGAGAUGGCCACGCCCUCGGCUGGUCUCCUCGCCGCCGCCUUCAUCGGCAUCGUGCCCGGCUACAUCUCGCGUUCGGUCGCUGGUUCGUACGACAACGAGGCCAUUGCCAUCUUCCUCCUCAUGGCCACGUUCUACUUCUGGAUCAAGGCCCUCAAGACUGGCUCGGCCUGGUGGGGUACCGUCACUGCCCUGUUCUACGGCUGGAUGGUCGCCGCGUGGGGUGGCUACGUGUUCAUCACCAACCUUGUGCCUCUGCACGUCUUUGUCCUGAUCCUCAUGGGCCGCUACAACCACCGCAUCUACGUUGCCUACUCGUCCUGGUACGUCCUCGGCACCGUCGCGUCGAUGCAGGUGCCCUUCGUCGAGUUCCUGCCUAUCCGUACGUCGGAGGGUAUGGCCGCUCUCGGUACAUUCGGCCUGGUCCAGCUCAUCGCGUUUGUCGAGGUCGUCCGCAAGCUUGUCCCUGGCAAGCAGUUCCAGCAGCUCCUCCGCGCGUUUGUCGUCCUGGUCUUUGUUAUUUCGUUCACUGCCCUCGUCCUCCUCACGUUCUCGGGCUGGAUCGCCCCCUGGACUGGCCGUUUCUACUCGCUCUGGGACACUGGCUACGCCAAGGUGCACAUGCCCAUCAUUGCUUCGGUUUCGGAGCACCAGCCGACCGCCUGGCCCGCCUACUUCUUCGACCUGCAGAUGCUCAUCUGGGUCUUCCCCGCCGGUGUCUUCUGGGCGUUCAAGGAGCUCCGUGACGAGCACGUCUUCAUCAUCAUCUACGCCCUGUUCAGCUCGUACUUCUCGGGUGUGAUGGUUCGACUCAUGCUCGUCCUCACGCCCGUCGUCUGCGUCACCGCCUCGAUUGCCAUCUCCAAGCUCCUCGAGGCGUACAUUGACCCCACCCUCCCUGAGGCGUCGGAGGACGAGACUGGCGCACCCGUCGCCGCGCCCAAGAAGGGCGGCAAGAAGCCCAGCCACAAGAAGGACCAGACCUUCGAGUUCUCUGGUAUCCUCAGCGGCAAGAAGUCGAGGGGCAUCUUUGGCCUCGACUCGCGCUUCGCCGUCAUCUCGACCAUCGUGCUCAUGCUUGCCAUCUUCGUUCACCACUGCACGUACGUCACGUCGAGCGCCUACUCGUCGCCCUCAGUUGUGCUGUCUUCGCGCAACCCCGACGGCAGCCAGAACAUUAUCGACGACUUCCGCGAGGCCUACUACUGGCUGCGCCAGAACACGCCCAAGGACGCUGUUGUCAUGUCGUGGUGGGACUAUGGCUACCAGAUUGCUGGCAUGGCCGACCGCCCUACGCUUGUUGACAACAACACGUGGAACAACACGCACAUUGCGACUGUCGGCAAGGCCAUGUCCUCCAACGAGGACAUUGCUUACCCGAUCCUGCGCAAGCACGACGUUGACUACGUGCUCGUCAUCUUUGGUGGCCUUCUCGGCUACUCUGGCGACGACAUCAACAAGUUCUUGUGGAUGGUUCGCAUUGCCCAGGGCGAGUGGCCCGAGGAGGUGCAGGAGCACAAGUACUUUACCCCUCGGGGCGAGUACGCUGUGGAUGACCGGGCGUCCGAGACGAUGCGCGAGUCGCUCAUGUACAAGAUGUCGUACCACCGCUUCCCCGAGCUCUACGGUGGCCACCCGGCCCAGGACCGUGUCCGUGGCCAGCGCAUCCCCGCCAAGGGCACCCACGAGAACCUCGAGACGAUUGAGGAGGCGUUCACGUCCGAGAACUGGAUUGUCCGCAUCUACAAGGUGAAGAAGGAGGACUCGUUUGGACGUGCCCACAAGGCCGUCAACGCGUUCAACGCCGGCGCGCGGCUGAAGGCUGCGCCGUCGACACCGCAGAAGAAGUAAAAGACGGUGUGGCGCGGAGCGCCGCGCCGGCCGUGUAGACAUGCAUGCGUAGAGUUUG